CCUGUUGUUGCAGAGUCAGAACGCCAUGAACGCCUCCGACAGCGAUGAAGACAUCUACAACGAAAGGUCAGCCUUGGUCCGGUCCGAGUCUCCCGCGCUCCCCUCCUACAUACCGGACUCAGACCUCACGCCCCCCAAUGGCACGCCAACCAAAAGGUUAAAGGCGGGGAUAAGCAGGAGGCCGGGGCCGGCCGCUGCAGACGGCGGCGGGUCAGAUCCGGAGGUGGAAGCUGAGGAAGAAGAGCUGACCCUGAAGUAUGGCGCCAAGCACGUCAUCAUGCUCUUCAUCCCCGUCACCCUAUGCAUGGUCGUCGUGGUUGCCACCAUCAAGUCUGUGAGCUUCUACACGGAGAAGACGGACCAGCAGCUGAUCUACACGCCGUUCACGGAGAACACCUCCUCCGUUGGCCGCCGCCUCCUCAACUCCGUCCUGAACACCAUCAUCAUGAUCAGCGUCAUCGUGGUCAUGACCAUCUUCCUGGUCGUCCUGUACAAGUAUCGCUGCUACAAGUUCAUCCACGGCUGGCUCAUCCUGUCCUCCCUCAUGCUGCUCUUCUGGUUCAGCUUCAUGUACCUGGGGGAGGUGUUUAAGACGUACAACCUGGCGAUGGACUACCCGACGGUGGGCGUGAUCAUCUGGAACUUCGGGGCGGUGGGGAUGAUCUGCAUCCACUGGAAGGGGCCGCUGCAGCUGCAGCAGGCCUACCUGAUCCUCAUCAGCGCCCUCAUGGCCCUCGUCUUCAUCAAAUACCUGCCCGAGUGGUCGGCCUGGGUCAUCCUGGGUGCCAUCUCCGUCUACGACCUGGUGGCCGUCCUCAGUCCUAAAGGUCCUCUCAGGAUGUUGGUGGAAACGGCUCAGGAGCGUAACGAGCCCAUCUUCCCCGCCCUCAUCUACUCCUGUGAGUGCGUCCACUGUUCUCGAUCAGCGCCGAUCAAUAACGGCUCUGCAGCUUGUCUGAUGUUUGUGAUUGUUUCCUCCGAUCCCUCUGUCUCACCUGUGUCUCACCUGUGCCUGUCUCAGGGUCUGUGCCUCACUCUGCUGCUGCUGGCCAUCUUUAAGAAGGCUCUGCCGGCGCUGCCCAUCUCCAUCACCUUCGGCCUCGUCUUCUACUUCUCCACGGACUUCCUGGUUCAGCCCUUCAUGGACAACCUGGCCGCUCACCAGUUUUACAUCUGAGACAAAGCUCCGCCCACCUCACCCCCCUCUUCGUUAUCUCGCUGGACUGCUGCCUUUUGUUGAUGCAACGCACAAAGAUUGUUUCCUGCGCUCGUCCUCAGACCACAGGAACUGAUGUAAGAGUGGAAGGUGGGCGUGGCUGUUACCUGGUUGUUUCUGCUCAGGUUGUUUCUACGUCACCUGCUGACUGAUAUUCAAACCCUGUCUGUAGUCUCUGUCGUGUUUCUGAAGCCGUGAUGUCACCACGACGUUCUGUGAUUGGCUGACGUUCCCGUCAUUCUUCACUCAAUUUAAGCUCGUCGCUCUAACUUCAGGAAACAGGUGGGAUGUCUGAUUGGGUCAUGUGACCUAAUGAAACUUACCUGAGGGACGAGCUCACUUUGAAUGAAGCGCUUCAGGGCCAUGACAUGAAACCCUGAGAGGCCAAAUCUAAAAAGUGCAGUGGGAGGAGUCUGAAGCAGCUGCUGAGCGCUGUGAUUGGGUAUUUCCUGCUGACACGCUUUUAUCCAGAAAGAUGUUUGUUAUUAUUUUGUUAUUUCAUCAUUAAUUAAGCAGGUAAACCUAAAGGUUAAUAAAGGUUUUACAGUUACAGUUCAUGUUAGCAGUGAACUGGGAAUGAAACAAGACGGGAUUUAAUUUUUGAUCGAGAAGGGAAAAAAGUUAAAAAAUAAAAGUGCAAACUGGAUUUCCUGUCUUUGUAUUUGAGUCUUUGGGGCUGCGUACGUCAGCGAUGCCGCCUCACUGAAACAUUUCUAAACAUUAUAAACCUGAACGUAGAACGAAUUCAUCAUUAACAGCUGCAGCCGCACUCACAGCAUCACUGUAGCGUCAGUGUCAGAGGUCACACGUGGGUCUGAGCCGUGAGCACAGCUGGAAACAGUAACGUUGACAUAAUUAGGCUGCUGUUAAUGAAAGCUGAAACGCUCGUUUCCAGCUCCGUGUUUUGAUUCUCCCACAGCAGCUUUGCAUGAUUCCCAGUUCAUAAUCAUCCUUCUUUACCUGACACCGCACCUCAGUGCAGCCAGCCUGUCUGAAACGAGCCGGUGUUUACGCUGG